UUGCAUCUCAGCGGAAACCUCCCCAGAGCUUCCUCUGCUUCGGUCCCUGGGGACCUGUAGGAGUCACUGCCCCUUUCAAGCCUGAGCUGGGCCAGGCGGACCCUGACCCACCCACCUCACCUUUUGUUGGGGGAAAGACUAGCAUUUCCUGCUUCCUGGCCUUGGAAGGGAGUGACUGAGCUGGGGAGUCUGAGCAGCUGCAGGAAGGGGACCUGCAUGCCCAGUACAGCUCCUACGCCAUGGAUCGCGGCCAACCUAGCCUAGAGCCCCAGGCCAAGGGCCCAUGCGUGAUCGCGCCGGUGCGCGCCGUGCUCCGUCUGCGCCGCCGCGUCUGCGUCCUGCGCAAGAGGCGCCUGUUGCAGCUAGGCACCGAACCGGACACUGGGACAGGGGCACUCGGGUCCAGCGGCAGUUCCGGGGCUCUGCGUGCGGACCUAGGCCAACCUAAAUUCUUCACGUUUGACAGCCUGACUGAGUUGUCUUCCAGGACACCCCGCAAGAAGCGUAGGCGGCGUAGUCGGGUAGUGCUCUACCCCGAAACCUCACGGAAGUACCGACCCCGCACAGAGCGCCAGAGCCGUGCACAGCGUUGUCUGCUGCUGCUUGUAGCCAUCGUGGGAUUCCAGGUUCUUAACGCCAUCGAGAAUCUGGACGAUAAUGCACAACGUUAUGACCUCGAUGGACUGGAGAAGGCGCUGCGGCGUUCUGUGUUUGGUCAGCCAGCUGCUGUGGGCCGCAUCAUGGCCCUGCUGCGGGACUACCUGGCUACACACGUUCACAGUCAUCCCUUGCUCCUGGCUCUGCAUGGGCCCAGUGGUGUAGGCAAGAGUCACGUGGGGCGCCUGCUGGCACGCCACUUCCAGGCAGUGCUGGAAGAUGGCGCGUUGGUGCUGCAGUACCAUGCACGACAUCACUGCCCAGAGCUGCGCCCGGUUCAGGACUGCCGGAAGGAGCUGGCACAGCGUGUGGCGGAUGUGGUGGCGCAAGCUGAGGCCGAGGAGAAGACCCCUCUCUUGGUCCUGGAUGAGGCUGAACUCUUGCCACCUGCGCUGCUGGAUGAGCUGCACGGUCUCCUGCAGCCACAGCGCUCGCACCAUUUCCACAACGCUAUCUAUGUACUCCUAAGUGGCACAGGUGGUAUAGAGAUCACACAGUUUGUGCUGCGGAACGCAUCGCGUUUGUUGCCCCCACACCUCCACAGCGCAGGCAACACUCAGACUGAGGAGGAGUUACACUCCAGCCUCCGGGAGCUCCUGGCCCAGGAACACCCUCUGUGGAACACUGCGGCCAUCGUGCCCUUCCUGCUACUAGACAAGCCAGAUGUGGUCAACUGCUUCCGAGAGGAGAUGGCAGGGGAGGGCUUUUUCCCCGAGCAAGCGCUGGCAGAGCGUCUGGCAGAGCAGCUCAGCUACUACCAAGUCGCUGGACAUGAAUUUGCCGUCACUGGCUGCAAGCAGGUGGUAGCUAAGGUCAACCUCUUGCAGCACAAGCCUGCAAGUGCUGGACCCUAGCCAGUGGUCCCAGGUUUUUGACCUGUUGAAGAAAACAGGAAGAAUGUCAGGUGUUUUGUGGCCUCCAAGCUGUUUUCACUCCCAAAGCUAGGGAGGUUGAGCUCUGAGCCCCUCACUUCCUCUUCCACCCCUGAGCCUUGAGAUUCUCUAGGGUCACCAGGAAAGCAGCCGCCUUCCUGUAGUCUGGUGCCCUCUCUUCAGUUCCCACUAUGUCCAUCAAGUUUCAGAACAUGUGAUAGCACCUCCCAUAGCCCGGGGAAGUGGAUGAGCGCACUGCUGUACAGAUUAUCUCAGAGGGUGAGUGGCUGGAGUGGGAACCUGGUCCCCACGUUUCCAGCAAACACCCCGUCAUCCCUUGAAUGCCUCUUUAACUUAGAGGCCGCAAGGCAGGGGAAUGCUGUCUAGGCCCUCAUGAGAGGCUAGUAAGUAGGGUGGAUAGAUAUCUAUCUACAAGCCAGUGAGUGGAUCCAGUGGAACC